GUGGGGGAGUGUCAAACCCAGGCCUAUAAUAGGAAACAAGUGCUGGUGAAAGCACCUUUCAUCUCAAAGCACGCUGAGUGCUGUGCAGCGCAUGAAUACACACAGGAACUGCAAAACAAUCGACAACAAGCUGCAUCAGGGGAUGGAAUCACCACCCCUCCUGGCAGCUGGGCCACCAUGAGCACAUCCACGUACCGGGGCUGCAGCCCUGCAAGUCUUAGAGUUGUAGAGUUGCAGAAUGGUUGGGUUGGAAGGGUCUGAGCUCCAACCCCUGCUGUGGGCUGGCAGCCCCCCACCACAUCUGAGUGCCCAGGGCCCUUCCAGCACCUCCAGGGAUGGGGCACACCCAGCUCUCUGGUACCGAGUGCCCCAUGUGCUCAGCGCACGGAUGCGAAAUGCAGGAACGGGGGGGUAGCAGGGCUCUUCCAAUGGGUGGUUAUAGCAUUUGCUCACCGUGUGUCUAGACAAAGCUAUAAAGGAGGGAGAGGGCUAUUACCUAGGAAUAAAACUGCUGAAACCAGCCCCAGAGAGCUUGUCGCUGUAUUUCCAGGGAACUGGGAGAUUCCUGGUGAUGGAUGUGACAAUGCUGAGGGCUGUAAGCUCACCACAGCUGGGCACUGAGUCAGGGGACGUGCUUGCAAUGUCCCCACUGCUUGUGGCACAGACUGAGCAUUAACUGUGGUCUCUCGGCAGCCCUUGGCUGUUCCUGGGGCUGUCACUUGCUUACAGAUCAGGGUUCAGUUCAACGACUCCAAAGCUGCAGCGGCACAAUACAGCAGCACGGGGGCCACCGAGGUGCCAUUUGUCAUCGCAGUGCAUAGUGCUGGAAGGGUUGUGCUGGCCCUGCUCCCACCUGCAGGCAGGGCUGGGGUCAGGGCAGCCUGUGCCACUGUGCUGGGGGAUAUUGAGAGCCAGACACUGUGCUUCUGGUCUCCGUGCUGUGCUCGAGCUGCAGGACUUCCACGCCUGGCAAAUGGUGCGGGGAGAAACGAGGCUGCAGGGAUCUCAUUUCUUAGGAUGCAAAUUCUCUCUGAUCUUUGCUUCCACCACAUGCAGCACAGUGGGGUCUUGGUCUGUGCCUAAGGCUCUGCAGCACUGUCAUGAUAGCAGAAAAAGGCAUAAAGAAGAGGUGGGGCUCCUUGGCAAAACACCUCAAAGGAAGCUAAUGAUGUGCUGCUGGCCACAGCAGGAGCGCACCAAGGCUCAUCCCAUGCUGGUGAUGAGGUUCUGCCCAGCCAGCACAGGGAUGGAGCGUAGUCACAGGGCUCCACAGGGUGCUGGGCUGAUGGCUGAAGCCAAGUGCAGGCCACCAAUCUAUGUAUAAAUGCAAGUACAGUGUGGCUUGCAUGGCUUGAUGGCACGUGAGGAGCGUGCUGGUGAUCCCAUCGUUGGUUUGCUAUUGAAAAUCAGGGAGAAUAACUGCACGGUUAGAGAUAAAACCAGCAUUCGUCCACUCUGAGACACAGAAGAAAAAUUAUGAGGCAUGCAGGUGGUGCUUGACAGACAGGCCAAAAGGAGAAAAAAAAAGAAAAAGGAGCAUGGAAAGGCAGUUAGCUGCCCUACUUGAUUUUAAGGGCAUGCCUGUUAGCACUUCCAAAUGCACUAAUGAAUGAGUCACAGCUGUUUUAAAUAGCUGAUUACCUGAUUGCUAUCAGUUGGUGCAGGGCUUGAUGCUCACUCUUAGCUUGCUUUCCUGUGGUGAUUUCCUUGAAUUCUCUUUGUGCGUGGAACAGACCCCUCUGAUGUCUGGGGCUGCCCUAUACCAGCAGUGCAGGCAGGGCUUUUCACGCAUAGCAUAGGAAUGUGCCUGGGUAAUGUGGGCCUCUGAAGCACUGAGGGUAUGCUAAAAGCUGCUCUCAUCUGACUCCAUAAAGAACGCUACUGGGAAUACAGCAAUGCCUCCAGUAUAGAGACGGGAUGGAGCGAGACACGCACAGCCACAGGCAGCAGGAGCUCAUGGUGUUUGACUUGGGCAUGGCACAGCCCUGCCAGGAUCGGUGUGGAGGUGGCUCCCUGUGAGUGCACAGGGACGCCCUCAGUCCAGGACUGCCUCCUCUUUCUUCUCUACCAGCCCGCUUCUCCCUGCCGCCUCAGUUCCUGCAACACUUCCAAGGAUCUGCGAGAGGCUUUGGGGCCAGGAGUGUAUUGCCACAUGGGGCUGGAGAGUUUGGAGACAACGGGAAUGCAGAGCAGGGAUGCUAUGUGAGCCCUGGCUGCUGGCAGAGGAAGGUGCCUGGGGCUGCUUGGCUGGCCAGGGGCUCAGGACAGAGCCCUGAAGAGCGGGGCUGCCAGCUGACCUGCUGCUUCUCCGUAGCCUGCUCCUCAAGUGGGGACACGGCAUCCUGUGGUGCCCACGCUGAUGUCUGCCCGCACCUUGCUGGCAGGCCUGCUCCCCUAGUGCCGGCGUGAGGCUCUCACCAUGGUGCUGCCACCACCCGACAAGCGCCAUGUCUGCCUGACCACCAUCGUCAUCAUGACCAGCAUGGCCUUCAUGGACGCCUACCUGGUGGAGCAGAACCAGGGUCCACGCAAGAUUGGGGUCUGCAUCAUCGUGCUGGUGGGGGACAUCUGCUUCCUCAUCGUGCUGCGCUACGUUGCGGUGUGGGUGGGCGCGGAGGUGAAGACAGCCAAGCGGGGCUACGCCAUGAUCCUGUGGUUCCUGUACAUCUUUGUGCUGGAGAUCAAACUGUAUUUCAUCUUUCAGAACUACAAAGCGGACAAGAAGAACCUGGAGACAGUGGCCAGGAAGGCCCUGACUCUGCUGCUCUCCAUCUGCGUGCCGGGGCUCUACCUGGUGCUGGUGGCCUUGGACAGUAUGGAGUACAUACGGACCUUUCGGAAGAAAGAGGACUUGCGGGGACGCCUCUUCUGGGUGGCCCUCGACUUGCUGGACAUCUUGGACAUCCAGGCCAACCUGUGGGAGCCGCACAGGACCGGCCUGCCCAUCUGGGCGGAGGGGCUCAUGUUCUUCUACUGCUACAUCCUGCUCCUGAUCCUGCCUUGCGUGUCCCUCAGUGAGAUCAGCAUGCAAGGGGAGCACAUCGCCCCGCAGAAGAUGAUGCUCUACCCUGUCCUCAGCCUGGUCACCAUUAAUAUUGUCACCAUUUUCAUCCGGGCCAUCAAUAUGGUCCUGUUCCAGGACAGCAGGGUCUCCACCAUCUUUAUUGGCAAGAACAUCAUCGCCAUUGCCACCAAGGCGUGCACCUUCCUGGAGUACAAGAGGCAGGUGAAAGAGUUCCCCCAGAAUGCCAUCGCCCUGGAGCUCCAGCAGAACUCCCUGUCCCACAACCAGACCAUCCACAGCACGCAGGGCAUCCCUCAUGAGCCAUCACCCACCAGCGAGAUCCUGGACACAUGAUGGGUGGUGGCUCAGGGCCUUGGUUCCGAUACUCCGUGCUGAGUGGAGGAGAGGUGCUGCUGCUCUCUGGCUGCUUAGGUUGAGCGUGAGGGACAAAUCCCAGCAGUGAGGGCUCUUCUAGGCACAAAACACCAACCACGUUGUAAUUGAGCUAUGGAGUGUCCCCUAGACGUCUUCAUCUCAGGUAUAACCCUAGGAGUCCUCCAGUCAAACCAAAUGAACUUGUGAAGGACCUGAACAAGCUAAUCUUCUCUCUCCCUCCUGCCAGCCUCUCCCCUCCCAAUCGAGGGCUGUUGAGGUUGCAAUGUCCCUUUUUACUCCUGGAGCACCUCACCUUGACCCCAAGUCUGGAAUGAAGAUUUUGUUACCGGAGACCUUUUUAUGAUGUGGGGACAGGGCCAUGGGUGUAUGGGCUGGGGGGGAGGGUGGGGUGUCUGAACCAGUCAAUCCUGUGACCAUAGAUGUCUCAUAUCCCAAUGAUCCCAUUUACCGUUUGCUGUUUAUAGCAUCUCCCCGGGCAGGUGGCAGCGAAGACAGCCCCAUCCCAGCUCUGCCGGGAGCAAUACGUGCCAAGUUGGAGCCAACCUCAUGCUGGUGUUUUACGGAUUUCAUUCACUUGAAACGACUCAGCACAAUAUUUCUAUUUUUGGAAGGGUCUCUCUGUUUCGCUCCUGCCCUUGGGCCCCUCCCAUGCCAGUGCAUGUGGGCACCGAGCAGGAUGGCAACGAUGCGUUUCACUCUGGCAUCAAGCAUUUGUAAAGAGGGCUGCUUUCCACAGCUACUAUAUUUUUAAAAUA